AACCGCAGGGUUUGGAGUAUAUGAACAUCAUUUCAGCACUGACACCCGCGGAGAGCGAGUGUAUAAACGAUUAGGAAUUGGAAAUACGUUAACGAUAGAUUACUUAUAUAUAUAUAUUUUAAACCUUAUCCCAUGGUUAAAUAUAUCACUACCGAUCUAUUGGUCAUAGCUGGAAUUUAAAGCGAAUUCGACAAACCCAGUUUGCCCUGCAUCAGGGCAGCAAGCUAGCGAGGGCUGCUAACUGCUGCGGUCGGACCGGACACAACACAGUACCUGAGUGACCCGAAACAAAAUCCUAUAUUUCGUAUCUUUUCAGGUUUGAGAUUGACCAAUUAAUUUUGUCUUCAGCGGGAUCCCGGUUCGGAUUGACCGGGAAUAACGGGACAGAAAUAGAUUUAUCAUCCUCAGAAUCGACUGUUCCCCUUUUGAACAAUCAAUUCAUUCCACAGAGAAAAGAUUUCAAAUCCAUUCACUUGUCAGGUUGCUGAAUGUAAUCGGAGUCUCGCUGUUUGUUAUUGUCCCGGACUCAUUCCCGACGCUCCCCGCUCCUGGAUCCCGCGCUCUCGCUCGCUCUCAAGAGUCUCUCUUAGUUUAUUUCUCGGUGCAAUUUUACGGGUAAAGUGUAACCAUGUGCUCCCGUGUGUGGUUGGUGACGGACCGGCGGAUCAGCGAGGAUUACCCCCAGGUCCGGAUCCUUCGUGCUCUGAAGCAGCGAUGCGCCGAGGAAGAGGUGGAGUUCAGGGCUGUGCUCAUGGACCAGAUAGUUCUCACCAUCACUGGUGGACAACUAGGCCUGCGAGUGAACCAGGAAGUGCAGACCUCCUACCCCCAUGUGGCAGUCAUACGCGUGCCCACCCCCUGGGUCCAGUCAGACAGCGACAUCACCGUCCUGCGGCACCUGGAGAAGAUGGGCUGUCGCUUGGUCAACCGGCCUCAGGCCAUCCUCAACUGUGUGAACAAGUUCUGGACCCUCCAGGAGCUGGCUGGACAUGGGGUGCCUCUGCCGGACACCUUCUCCUAUGGGGGCCAUGAGAACUUCAGCAAGAUGAUUGAGGAGGCAGAGCCGCUGGGAUACCCCGUGGUGGUCAAGAACACUCGAGGUCACCGAGGGAAGGCAGUAUUCCUCGCCCAGGACAAGCACCACCUCAUGGAUAUUUCCCACGUGAUCCGCCACGAGGCGCCCUACCUCUUCCAGAAGUACGUGAAGGAGUCCCACGGGAAGGACAUCCGCGUGGUGGUGGUGGGGGGGCGUCUGAUCGGCUCCAUGCUGCGCUGCUCCACUGACGGGAGGAUGCAGAGUAAUUGUUCUCUGGGUGGCGUGGGGAUGCUGUGCCCCCUGAGCGAGCAGGGCAGGCAGCUGGCAGUGCAGGUGUCCAACAUCCUGGGCAUGGACGUGUGCGGCAUCGACCUGCUGAUGAAGGACGACGGCUCGUUUGUGGUGUGUGAGGCCAACGCCAACGUGGGCUUCAUCUCCUUUGACCGUGCCUGCGGCCUGGACGUGGGGGGCAUCAUCGCCGACUACACGCUCUCCUUGCUGCCCAGCCGCCUCACCCGCAAGAUGUCUCUGCUCUCCGUGGUGUCUAGCGCCAGCGAGACCAGCAGCGAGCCCGAGGUGUGCCUGCCUGCCAGCGCCAUCCCAGAGGCCGUGUAGGCCAUGAGCGCAGGCUCCACCUCCAGCGAGAGCGACCCCGAGCUGCCUCUGCCAGACACCCCCUUCAACAUGAACAGCAUCAGCAGCAGUGAGAUCAAGCUACUGACUGAGUGAGGCUGCAGGCUUGCACACACUCACAGCACACACACACUCACACACACACGCACUCACACACUCACAGCAUUGGCAGGCUGCUUCCCUUUACAACACUCAAUUAAUUCAGUACAGGACCAUGGGGUUGUGGAUUCUUCAGAGGGUGCUCAAUACAGCUGUGCCAGAAUAUUGUGGCUGCAAGUUAAUUCUAUAUUUGAAAAUGGUUUAACCAGGAUAGCCCAUAAUUCAUAUUCAUGAACUGUGAUUUCAAAUCAGUGUCUCCUGGUUCCCAGUCACUAACUCUAAACACAAAGCCUCAUGUUUUCAGUUUUUAUUUUCCAGCUCCAAACCCAGAUCAACAUAAAAACAAGGGCAGCUUACCUGCAGUGAAGGCUCAUGGGAGCGCAGAGUGUAGUUCUCCUGCACUGUUACACCACACCAGCAGUUUCAGUGCAGUCUGGUGAUGGUGAAUUGCAGUUAAAAUGUAGAUAUGGCAUUCAAAGUUGCUUACUCCUACAUUAGAGAUCCAUUUCAACUAUAUAUUUCACAGGUAGGAUCAAGUGCAGAGAAUUUAGAGGACAGAUGCAUCGGGAAAUGUUGUUUUGUUGCAUUGCCACUUGAAAGUAGAACGAUUAAACACAGAUGGAUCAAUAGAAAGCUGUGUCUAAUUAACUGAAGAAUACUUACCUAAUAAGGAUGCCUGGCUUUGCUGAAGAAUGUAGGGGUUCAGUAAACCUGAUUUCUAUUGGUCCAAGCUGUAGUGGCAAUGUAACUCAUUACCUGGCAACCGCUGAAGCAACAGUAUUGAUUUGAGCAGCUUGAGUGUCAUCUACAACUAGAGGCUUCCAGUCUGCCUCCCUCAUUCCCUUUGGUACCAUCCUUGUUCUAGUGUGCUUUGAAACAGAGGCAGGCCUGUUUAUUAAAUAAGGGUUCAUAUUGAUGAAACUUUGUGUCCACUGUUUCCUAGGUUUUCAAACACCGGGGAGUUCAGGUUUUGUGAAUAUGGGUUCAGGUUGAACAGUGUGAAACAGACCGGUAUAAACUUUUCUUUAUAGAGCAGUCUAGACAGGAGAGAGAGUCUCCACAGUUCUUUUUAUCUGAGUGCUUUGGUUUCCUCUGCUCCCACAGGUUCUCCCUGUUGGAGCAACGAGUCACUGGACAAUUGAUAGUUUGACUUGGUUAGGUCAUGCUAACUAAGUACUGUAUGCACAUGUAUUUUAUAGCAAAUACGUUAUUUCCAGUUGAUACACAAAUCUUUACAUAAUCAUAUUUUUAUGACUGGACUUGCCAGUGCUAAAUGUACCCAGGCAAGCACAAACAAACAGAUUGUUAUUUUAAGUGCAGCAAUAGGAAUAGAGGCCUGAAAGCAGCCAGUGCCCUGAAACACAACUCCGUUCCUUAUUGUCUGAUUGCAUUGACCAGUGCAGUGGAUACUGCUGACAGGAGAGUCAGGAUGAUUCUGCACGAAAGGUUCGUGAAUGGAUGCUAAAACAAACCAGCAGGCAGCCUUCCUUGGGCAUGUUAGACUCCAGUCCAUUACUUCCAUUCAUACACACCACGAUGGCUAAAUCAAAUAAGCGAAGCAUCAACUGUUUUAAUUGCUUUUUAUAUUGUAUUUCUCAUAUUUUUAUUGAUACACUUUAAUGAAUUUUGAUGAGAAGAAAUCAGAUGAAAAAAGAAAGGAAAGUUUACGGAAAUGCUCACAGACCUAGCCUAAAUAUUUUUUUACGUAAUCCGGCUUUUUCCAAUGUGAUGCUUCUGUUUGAUUUUCUCUUGCCGUGGCAACGCAAUUUGGUUCACUUCAUUCACAAUGGAGCUGCAUAUCAUUCCCUGCUGUUCUGACAUGCCAAAGCAGCACCUGUCACCUUGCAUUGCAUCACUUUAGGUCACUACUGCGAAGGUUGUCUGUGGCAGUCACGCACACAUAGAACAUUUCAAAGUGAGCAGGACAACACGUACAGGAGUCGGACCAAACAUUAGGAACAUCUGCUUUUAAAUAAAUAGGAUGUUACUUGUAACACAAAUGGAAUCCCUGGUAAGUGUUCUGUAAUAUAUAAAAGCUGCAUCUCCCUGUUGUAAUUUAAUUUCAGCCAUGAGAGGCAAGACAGCAGACUGGUAUAGGGUCGAUAGUACACACUCAGUUGACAGGCUUUUCCGUAUCCAAGACUGCACUAGUUACUGAUGCUUCAGUAGGAACAGGAGCUUAAAAGAAUUGUUCAGGAGACCAGACUUUCCUGCAGAUUUCUCCCACCUGUGUAACUGCCCUGAAGGAACCGGAGGAAAAAUGGUCACAUAUUCUCCAGAACAGUUCAAACAUCUUGCAGGCUUGUCACAUGUUGACCCUAGACCUCAUCGUGGCAGGAGUUUAAAAUGUUGUGUUCAGUCCCUGUACAUGCUAGUGAUUCUGUCCUAUCUUUGAGUAUCUCCUCUUCAACUGGCUCUAUCUAAAGCAGAUUAUAAACCAUCUGUCCCUGCAGUGGGACAAUGACAAUACAUCAUUAAAAGAGAAUUUGCUUAACGUCCUGUGGUAAACCGGUAUGGAUUACCACAUCAGGUGGGGCUUGCUUUCCCUCUGUAUUGAAAAGAAACCCAUUGAUAUUUCAAAUCACUUGUUUCUUGAAGUUCCCUGCUGUGUAUAGAUUUGAGCCCUGGCUUGAGUCUGUUUGACCAUUUUAUCCAAGGUGUUUUCCACAAAGGGUGAGCAUGAUGGCACAUGAACAAGUUGAACUGGUUUAGCUUUAGUUCACUGUGAGCAUUUGCUUUUUUCCUUCCACUGAUUAACACUUAAUAUUGCUGCUAAUUAUUUUAAAGAGUCAGGACCUGUCCUGGAUCCUACUUUAUCAUUCCAUUGAUUCCAUUGAGGGAAGCAGCCCGGAUCAGAGUAAUUCAUUAUACAUACGUAGCUAGGAAGAAACCCAAACUUCAAACCAACACUCCACAGUACCAACAAUGUUAACAUGUGCUCUUUUUUUCUUUGUUUGUUUCAUACAGUUCAGUGUUUUUCAUUUUUUUAUUUAUUGUAUAUUUAAAAAAAAAAGGUUUGUGUGCACUAAUCCUCUUCAAAGGGUAAAGCAAGAAGUUUGCAUUUUGUGGAAUAUUUUACUAACUGUUUGUGUCAACAGACAUGUAAAGCACUUGCAAUAAACUGUGGAAUGAACGUUCCUACUGGAC